AUGUCAAACAUAUACGAGUUUAAUGUAAAAAUGGGAUGCGGAGGCUGCGCUUCUACUGUCAAAGCCGCGCUCAACAAAGUUCAAGGCGUUCAGGCUGUUGACACUUCUGUCGAUCACCAGGCCGUUACGGUGACUACGGACGAUAGUGUCACAUUCGAACAAAUUCAGGAUGCAAUUAAAGGGUCAGGAAAGGAAGUCAAAGGGUCAAAGAGAGGCAAGACUGUUAGUAGUUCUGCUUAG